GAAAUUCCGAAUGGAUAUAGUGAUGAAGACGGGUAUCAUAGAAACCAUUGGUCCAAAAAUGUUGAGGCCAUUGAUAUACUGACGAGUCCUAAGUUUCAGUCAGGAGUUAGACAUAAUGGACAACCAGAAGGACCGUUAGAUUUGGAAUGUCUUUAUUACGAUCAGUUUGAUUGCAACUCAUCUCCAGAACUACUUUACCCUAAAAAAGAAGUCUUUAAUUCUUCGAUAGGAUACCAAAGAUAUCAAAGCGAUGGUCAGUCCUCGUGCUCUGGUCUACAAAACACGAGUCAAACACACGCUUCAGAUCCAAACCUCGAGAGUGUGAUCGACGACGCGAUUUCAUUGGAGUCUUCGUUCAAAGCGAUCGAUUCCAACAAUUCCUCGCUUUCUGUGCAACAGUUGCCCAACACUUGUGAAUGGAUUGACUGCUACUCUGUAUUCAAAAGUCAGGACGAAUUAGUAAAUCAUAUCGAAAAGUUUCACAUCGAUCAGAGACGUAAUAGCGACGAGUUUACAUGUUUUUGGAGGGCAUGUCCUCGAAAUAAACGACCCUUUAAUGCCAGAUAUAAAUUACUGAUUCAUAUGAGAGUGCAUUCUGGUGAAAAACCAAAUAAAUGCACUUUUGAAGGCUGUGUUAAAGCUUUUUCACGUCUUGAAAAUCUUAAGAUUCAUAUGCGGUCUCAUACUGGGGAACGACCCUAUGUUUGUCAGUACGACAACUGCACCAAAGCUUUCAGCAAUUCAUCCGACCGGGCGAAACAUCAGAGGACUCAUAUCGACACUAAACCAUACGGGUGUCAAGUGCCCAACUGUGGCAAAAAAUAUACUGACCCGAGUUCUUUAAGAAAACACAUGAAAAAUCAUUUAUUAAAAACAGACAGACGGAAAAAGACAUCGAGCACUUCAACUUCAACAUCAAUCUCCGGACUUGAAGACAACUCAAUGCCCAAUAUGUUUAGAGAUCACAGAAGAAAUAAUAUAGACAUCGAGCACUUCAACUUCAACAUCAAUCUCCGGACU